AUGGGUUCUCUGACAGAGGAGAGCUUAAAUACUCCCGGAGCUAAGAACUCGACGGCACCAGUUCCAGGCCUGUGGAUCACUGGCAUUGGAUCAGCAUGUCCUCCGUAUUGCCUGCGUUCAAAGACGGUAGAGGUAUUUGCGAAGCAAUUGUACGACGUCGAAAAGCCCGGGUUGAAGAAGCUCCUUCAGAUCAACAAAACAACCGGCAUCGACACCCGCAGCUCCGCCAUCGACUACGGCGCCGAUCUCACCAACGCUGAGCAUACGGGGCCCCCUUCAAUCUCCGACCUCGACGCCUACUUCAGAUCCGCCGGCGUCGAAAUCGCAGUCGAGGCCUGCCGCCUAGCACUCAAAGAAUGGGACGGCCCGCGCGCGUGCUUGCGCAUUGCGUGUGAGCUGUGCACGCCGAUGCUCAGCCGCGAGCUGGCCGAGGCGGAGGCGUGCGAGGCCCCCGCCCGGCUGAGCAUCGGGGCUGCGUUGUUUGGGGUUGGGGCCGGGGCGUUCGUUCUCUGUAAUGAGUAUGGUGUGCCGGAGGAUGGUCGGCUAGAGGAGGGAGGUUUGUUCCGGUUGUGGGAAUGGGGCAGCGAGACGAUCCCGGAUACGUUGGAGAGUAUGAGCUCUCAUGCGGACGCGAGGGGGUAUCGGGCGGUCCUGACGCGUGAAGUGCCGUCGCUGACAACCAAGGCGAUCCCGCCCAUACUUGAGAGGUUGCUGCCGACGCUUCGAGGGAAGACGGGUCUGGGUGGGGCCGAUGUUCUUGAUUUUGACUGGGCACUGCAUCCUGGUGGCCAGGCCAUUAUCAGAGGAGCACAAAAGCUUCCGGGCCUGACAGACGAUCAACUUCGUGCGACAAAAAAUAUUUGUAAGACGCGGGGCAACUGUUCAAGCGCCGCCGUGUUGAUGGUCCUGGAUUCACUCGGAAAAUGGGUCACGGGAAGGAUGCUGUGGUGGCUACCUCGUUCGGCCCUGCUUUGCGCGUAG